UAGGCAACGUGGGUAACGUAGUAACGGAAUCUGCGUGUAACGUUACAUUACGUUAUUAUAUAAAGGAGUUAGCAGCGUUACAAAGUUGUUGUAAACUUAAAAGAAAUGCAGAAACUUGUUUAUAGCACUCAGUGAAGGUCUUAAAAUGUCUUACUGGAUCUGCUGCAAUUCCUGCUUCCUUUCCCCCAGCACUGACAGAAAACUGGCUGUCACCACCUGUGGACAUGUCAUCUGUAGUGUCUGUUAUCAGAAAGGCAAUCCAGGCAAGUGUUUAAUAUGCAAUGCCAAAUGCCAAGUAUCACCUCUCUCUGACAAAAGCAGCUCAGAGGUGAAGGCCCUGUUCUCCGACAUCAACGUUGUUGCAACCAAACACUUCUCGGAAAUCAGCAAAGUUAUAAUGUUCCAGGCAAGACAUCAAAAGAGACUGCUGACCUAUUAUCAGCAACGGAAUGAGAAACUAGAAGAGGUACUAGUCAAGAUGAAGCAAGAGAUGCAGCAGAUGGCAAAAAAGCUGAAUGAACAGAGUGCCUACAUCGCUAAGCUGGAAAACUCUCUUCAGCAUCAGAGCGCCAUAGCUUCAUCAGGGCCUCAGAUGAGCCACAGCUCCCAUAAUCCACAUGGACAUAAAUCAGUGUCAGUCCUACAGAUCCCAUAUAACUCCCAAAUGUCCCUCUCAAGACACUCCUCAACAACUAAUGUCACUGAAAACAUGGACGUGGAUGAAAGGAGUCUGUUCAGGAAACCAAACACCGUCCCCAGACUGUCAUUAAUCAGUCCGCCACAAGAUGGACGAAUGGGCACCAUCCCUCACAGGUCGUCCCAUCCGAACAAGAUAGCCAACCAUUCAACUCACUCAGCCACAGUCAGUCGGUUUCAAGGAUCUCCGGUGACGCCAGAGGUUUCUUUCGGUCAGAGUUCUGGAUGGAAGUCUCCCAUCUUCAGACCUCACACCACCUUCAGACACUCCAUGUCCUCGCUGGUCUGCCCUCCUCCUGAACAAACACAUGCUGUCAUAAACUGUCAUGAAGCCUUUAGAGGAAAUACACCUGGCCACUGACGUGUAUAUGAAGGUAUUUGUGUCUCACGGCCUAAGUCACCAAAGUUUGUGUGUUUUAACGACCUUGGAUUCACUGGUGAAAUUAAAUGUAUUCGUCUUGUAUUUUACUGUACACCGAUGACUAAACUCAAAUUCUCAGAUCAUUAAAGUGAGGAAAUAAUGACA